UGUCGCAUCGCCAUUGAGCUCGCCACCAUGGGUGCCCAAGAGUCCAAACCCCAAGGUCAUUCAUGGAAGGUCUCAGGACCUCCCAGCGUCUCUCUACCGGUCCUAGAGACGCUCCAAACCAGUCCUGAAACCGAUGCGUCUCGCAGCAGACUAGUCGAGCAGCACAUCCAGGCCCGCGUUGCCGAGGAGCUCAAGAAGCUGCACAAGAAAGAAUCCGACGCCCUGAAACUCGCGCACGACAAACUCGCCGACCUUGCAUCUUCAGACGCCGAAGACAAGGGCCCCUCACGCUAUACCGUCGGCAAGGAGAUCGAGGCGCUAAGCGGCAAACUCGAGCAGCGAAAGCAGGUGCGGGAACUGCCCGAGGGCGUGGAGAUUGCACGAAACAACGUUAUCCGAUGCUUGAGAGAAAACGACAGGAAGCCACUAGUCUGCUACGACGAGGUUGAGGCGUUCAAGGCGGAAGUGAAGAAGCUGGAGAAGGAAUGGAUUAACAGGGUGACCGCAUAA